AAAUUAUACAGCAUGUUGAGUGAUGAAACUGUAUACUAUUUUAUUGCGAGGAAAGUGACGGUUUUACGCUCAUGUUUGAGUAAGAAUGUGGAUUGUGGCUUGAAAAUCGCUCUCAUGUAUGCAGCAGGGAAGUGUGUUUCUGUGGAACAAUGCUCAGGAAGAAGCAGAGGAAUGCAGGAAAGAAGGAAUGUUUUCCAUUGCAUUAAUCACGACGAUACAGAUCUUGCUCUGGAUUGUUUGAAGGAAUUAUAUGCUGUAGCCGUGAGAUUAAAUGAACAACAGAGGGAAGAGUUGGGACUUACUAAUGAGCGAGUAUAUGAGCUGCUCGCUCACUGCGCCUUCAGAGAAGCUGUGUUGCCACACAGGACUGCUAACCGAAGCAUUUCAUAUCGCCACGGUGUAGCUUGUGAUAGAGGUGGAAAUGAUGGAGGAGUUGGAGGUUCUAGUGGAAAUGGGUCUGGUAGUGGUGCAGGUGCUGGUGCUGAUGGUGCAGGUGCUGGGGGUGCUGGUGGUGGUGGGGGUGGUGGCGGAGGCGGAGGCGGAGGUGGAGGUGGAGGUGGAGGUGCCAAUUUCGUAGACAUUUCAAUUCCAACAUUCUUAAGGACCCCUGGAAACCCGUUGCAACUAUUGGGCCACUUUCUGUUGUUUCCAGAAAUGAAUCGGAAUCAGGUCCUCACCGCCCUCCACCAUGUGUGGUGUGACUACGCAAAUGAGCAGCCACGCCAGAAUAUCACUCUGGAGACUGUGUGGCCAGGUCACAUGGUUAUCUUUCGAGGUCUGCUGAAUGUGUACGAGCUUGACCCUGUUGAAGAGGAUUAUGAAGAAUUGGAAUUUGAAGGUGAUUGGGCGUCCUUCCAAUAUAGGAUUGAGCAGGUUAUCGUUGAACCAUUGGGAGCUCGAUACAUCUGAAAAGUGACAAAAGAU